ACCGACGUUUCCGUCACAACAUCAAGUACACCGAGGGUUCCUUCUAGCCAUAGCCAACACUCCACGCAACAUUCAGCUUCCAUAGGCGCCUUCAGGGUCACUGGCAGCCAUGGCGUACGUGGAAGUGCUGUGCUCACACCUUUCAAGGGUGCCGCAACACGAACUGCGGUGCUUGGACAACGACGGCUUCACCGACCUUCCAAAGCUCGCCGACAAGUCUGUACCAGAAGCAGUCAGCGCGGUUCGCGCCCAUCUGGAAUCCAUAGCCGCUCUGCGCGACCGUCUGGACUGCGCGGCCCACUUGUUCACCUGCAUGGCCGGCCUGGGCGUCAUAGGGUCCUGGGUUCUCUAUCGCGCUGACCGUAGGGAGGACCCCACUGAUAUCGUCGGCGACAUCCUGAAAAAAAUGCGGCAGAGACGCGUCCACGGCGUGUUCGCCAAGGCGACGGAAAACGUCUGUUGCACCUGCCUGCUCGUCCCCGAAGAAGAGAGAGGCAGGGACUUCAGGCCUUACUUGUUCGUCGACUGGUACACAAAGCCCUGCGUAGCCAUACACGAAACUCCCGACAUACAUUCGCCGUUACUCGAAACCGUCCUCCGACAGACGCUGGGAAAUCCGCCACGAAGCUACCGUUGCGGCGUUUAUCGAGACCUGAGGUCGCUGUAUGCUGGCGUCCUCCAAUUGUUCCCGUGAUGCAGCCGCCGACUCCUCCCAUGCCAUCCGUGGGCAACGCGGUGAACUGUCCCUCCUUUUCGGCCACCGACUUUAUACCCAUCAAGACGAUGUCGUUUGACGGACCAAAAUUUUUCAUGAACCGUGCAGUUUGCCGAAACCACUUGACGACUUACAAAUAACCACGCAUCCCCAUCGGAGACUGCAGCCACGAAAAUCUUGAUAAGUACCACACCUGUUAAAGCUGUAGUGACAGCUGUGUUGAACAUUAUUUUACUCAAUGUUUCAUUUUUAACCUAAAAUUUCCACUUUCCUUUAGCUUCAUACAUUAAAUUUCUUGCCGCGUUCCUCUUCGAGCGCCCCUUUUGUGUGUGUGAGCACCACCUGGAAGAGAGCAUCAUCCUAUCCGUUCACCAUCUGUUGUCACCUGCGUAGUAGAACAUCUUAAUCUUAGCUGAUUGACGAGGCCUCGACAGAAUGGCUUAAUGCUGUCUAUGUACAUGUUCCUUCAUAACUGUGACGAAGGCGAUGAGAGACUUCGCACUUCGUGUUUUAUGAAACAUGUUGGGUCUUAUGCAAGCCGACACAUCCUGGUAUCGACCAUACAGUCGAAUAAAGGAACUUUUAUAUGCACCC